CAGAUCCAAAUAUGGUUGUAGCAAUGGUAUGACCUCUUGCCCGCCUUGUGUCUCAGAGUGGUAAGAGUUUUUUUGUUAUAUUUGAAUGUUCAAAACUCUCCAAAACCCAAAAACCAGACGAAGAAGAAGAAAGGACCGAACCAAACCAAACCAAAGAGAUCAACCCGACUCAACUCAACUCAACUCAACUCGCCCUCUUCACUACGUCUCCUGUAAUUUCAUCUUUAAUGCUGUUACUCCCUCUCUCUCUCUCUCUCAUAUCCAUUUGGACCCACUCUCUCACUCACUCUCUCUCUCUCUCUCUCUCUCUCUCUAUAGUUUUCAAGAUCUGGUUUGGAAGAUUCUUCUCUCCCAAACAUCAAACCUUUUGCCCUCCUAAUAGUAGUUAGGGUUUUUGAUUUGUUGUCUUCUCUUGUCUACUACCACCUUCUCACUCCCUUCCUCUUCCUGUCUAUCUACAUUUUCCAUCUUUGAACUUGGAUGAGCUCAAAUGGAAAGAACUCGACCCGAGAGGUCCUCCAACAUUUCAACCGCCACCUCCUCCCGAAGAUUCAUCACCGGAGAACGACAACGAGAACCACCUUUCUCUCAAGGUAACAGGCUGGUCCAAAACCCAAGAAAUUUUCCAAAGUUGGCCUCUGAUUCUAGUUCUUGCAGUAGUGGCAUCGCAGAUGAUGACUCGUUCACGUUUGAAUUGGGGCUGAGGUCUUCAAAACAAGCUGCUGGAACUCCAAUCAAGAACUUAUUAGCUAAGGAGAUGUCGAAAGAAACUGAAUCAAGAAGGAGACCACCUAAUGUUGUUGCCAGACUGAUGGGGCUCGAUGGUUUACCUCCUCAGAAACCAGCUUACAGAGAAGAAAAUGUCAUUUCAGAUGGCUUUCUUCGGACAGUAAGAACUGUGGAGAAAAGUCAAAGAAGUAGCCGUCGAUAUGACACUAGAUCUUCUAGGAAAAGCUCAAAGGAUGAGCAAGAAUUUAAGGAUGUCUUUGAAGUUCUGGAAACAUCAAAGGUAGGGAGUUGCAGUUACCCAUCACAGCAGGGUAUGGCAAACUCGAAUCUGACUGAUGCUGAGAUGGCAUUUAUUCGGCAAAAAUUCAUGGAUGCGAAACGACUUUCGACCGAUGAGAAGCUACAGGGUUCGAAGGAGUUCCAUGAAGCACUUGAGGUCCUUGACUCCAACAAGGAUCUCCUGCUGAAAUUUCUUCAGCAACCAGACUCGUUGUUUACAAAGCAUCUGCAGGAUCUGCAAGGUGCUACUCCCCAACCUCUUUGUGGUCGCAUAGCAGCUACCAAGUCAUCAAAUGCUCAGUUGUAUGAGAAGAUACACCUUGACAGUAAAUCAGCUAGAGAACCUUUUCACAAGAAUCGCAGUGCACUUCCUCAAAGGCAUCGUGAUAGGCUCACUAAGCACUCUGACUUCCAUGUUGCUCAAAAUUCUCUCAACUCAUCAAAGAAUCAAUUAAAGGGAAAGGAAGAGCCUGCCAUUCUCCCUACUAGAAUUGUGGUUCUCAAACCAAAUCUCGGGAAGGUGCUAAAUGCUGAUAACACUGUUUCGUCUCCUUGUUCGUCACAUGCUUCAUUACCAGAGUGUCGGAAUGACGCUGAAAUCCAAAUUAUUAAAAGCAGGGAGGUUGAAUUAUUAGGAGGGAGAAACUUCAGACAUGAUGUGGGGAUUUCUGGUCACAAGUCUAGGGAAUCAAGAGAACUUGCGAAGCAAAUUACUAGGCAAAUAAAAAAUAAUUGUAGCAACAGUUCUGUGAAGUUAUCAUCUUCUACAUUGAAGGGAUAUGCUGGGGACGAGAGUUCAUGUAGCAUGUCUGGUAAUGAAUCUGCAAAUGAAUCAGAAACAAUGUCAACGAGUUCCAAAUAUUCUUUUGACCUGAGUAAGCGAUCCAGGUCCUUGUCAUCACGUUCUACAGAAUCAUCUGUGAGCAGAGAAGCCAAGAAAAGACUCUCAGAAAGGUGGAAACUCACCCACAAGUCUCUGGAUAUGGCAGUGGUUAGUAGAGGCAGCACACUCGCUGACAUGCUUGCUAUCCCUGAUAAAGAAACUAGACCAGUAUAUUUGGAUAGCAUAACUGAUGAGGAAGGAUCCAGGAACAAAAUUGUUUGUGAUGAUGAACCUGCUCGGUGGGUUGAACCUUUGGGUAUUAGCAGUAGGGAUGGCUGGAAAGAUGGAUGUAUCAGCAAUUUAACAAGAUCAAGGUCUCUUCCCUCAUCAUCUACUGUCUUUGGGAGUCCUAGAGCAAUCACAGGCCGUGAACCAGUAUGCGAUGACAGGUAUGUAAUACCCAAAGAGGCCUUGAAGAGAGAAAGGGUUAAGGCACAAAAGAUUAAAACGGAUAAGAAAAGUAUCAACAGAAACUCAGGAUCAAGUGGCAAGAGAUCACAUCUUUCUCACUCAAUCAGGGAAAGUAAGGAUUCUUCAAUCAAAACUCUUGCCAGCCAAAAUCAUGUAAAUAAUAAACUUGAUGUGAAUGGCCGUCAGCCCCAGCAGAAAAUCGAGGACAUUGAAUCGUUAACUGAUAAUCUCAUAGAUGAUAGGAAUCCAGUUUCUAUUCUUCCCUUGGAUGGUGAACAUAAGACAACAAUGUCUUCUGAGCUUCUUAAUAAUUCACUCCAAGAAUCAUCAGCACAAUCAAUGUUAGCUGAUAUUUGCCAUGCUGGUGAUCGAAAUGAUAUAAAUCUUCAGGAACCAAUGAUGGAGCCUCAUGAACAAAGUCCAAUACCGUCGAAACAUUCUGUACCCGGACUAGAAUCACCUGCUAAUUCAAAGGACGCUGAACAACCGAGUCCAGUUUCAAUUCUUGAGGUUCCUUUCACUGAUGAUGUAUCUUCUUGUUCUGAAUGCUUUGAGAGUCUCAGUGCUGAUUUGCAAGGGCUUCGUAUGCAACUUCAGCUACUCAAGUUGGAAUCGGAAUCCUAUGAAGAAGGACCUAUGCUUGUCUCAAGCGACGAUGAAGAUGGGGAAGGAGCUGAGGUUUUAGAUGCAUUUGGAUUGUCUGGAUCUCAACAGAGUUGGGAGUCUUGCUAUGUGGCGGAUGUUUUAAUCCAUUCUGGUUUAAAAGAAGCUGAUGCAGAUACAUUCUUGGCAGCAUGGCACACUCGAGAUUGUCCUCUUAGUCCUUUCUUGCUUGAAGAACUAGAGAAGAAGUACAAUAACGAGACUUCCCCGCCCAAGUCCGAGAGGAAGCUGCUUUUCGACCGAAUAAGUUGUGGGAUUUUGGAGAUGUAUAAGCCGAUCGCUGAUCCUCAUCCAUGGAUAAGGUCUUCUACUACAAGGUUGGGUUCAAGGUGGUCUAAGAAUGAGCUAGAGAAUGGUGUUUGUCUGUGGCUCCCGAAGCAAGCAAAGAAUGUGAAGAAAGAGAUAGCAGAGAAAGUGAUGGGAAGGGAAUCAGAGUGGCUGGACAUGGGCGAUGACAUUGAUAUAAUAGGUAGAGAAAUGGAAACAUUGUUGUUAGAAGAGCUAGUAGAAGAGUUAUUAGUGGCCAUGUAGAGAGAUUUUCUUUUAACCAAAGCUAUUUUUGGUCAUAGGAGACCUUAAUAGUUGAUAGUACUCUCGUCUUAUGUAAGUGAAGAGUUUGUUCACCAUGAAAUGAUUAUUUCAUGAGAACAUGAAUAAACAAAUGUGAAAUGGUUACACCAAAUUGACAUAGGUAAAUGUUUUGGGGUAAUA